CACGCGCACUCGCGCCCCCUCCGGUGGCGGCGGCGGCCGCACUCCCGGGACUCCUGCGCUCGCGCUGCUCCGGCCGCCUCCAUCUCCGCGAUGGGGGGCCGGGACCGCGGCUGCUACGGGGCGGCCGGGGCGCCGCAGCUGCUCUUGCUGCUCCCGCUGCUGCCCCUGCUCCUGGUCUCGGGGCUGUCGCUGUCCCUGCCGCCGCCCGAGGAUGUGGAUGAGUGUGCCAGAGGAAUUGAUGACUGCCAUGAAGAUGCCCUCUGUCAGAACACACCCAAGGCCUAUAAGUGCUCCUGCAAGCCUGGCUACCAAGGGGAGGGCAAGCGCUGUGAAGACAUUGAUGAAUGUGAUAACGAAUUCAACGGCGGCUGUGUGCAUGAGUGUUUCAACAUUCCAGGCAAUUAUCGCUGCACUUGUUAUGAUGGAUUCAUGUUGGCUCACGAUGGUCAUAAUUGUCUUGAUGUGGAUGAAUGUUUGUUCAACAACGGCGGCUGCCAACACAUGUGUUCCAACACCAUGGGGAGCUACGAGUGCCAGUGUAAGGGGGGUUUUUUCUUGAGUGACAACCAGCAUACGUGUAUUCACCGUGCAGAAGAGGGCUUAAGCUGCAUGAAUAAGGAUCACGGCUGUGGCCACCUCUGCAAGGAGACCCCGGAGGGAGGAAUAACAUGUAAAUGCAGGCCUGGUUUUGAACUGGCCAAAAACCAAAAGGAUUGCAUCCCGACCUGUAGUCAUGGAAAUGGUGGAUGUCAGCACAUAUGUGAAGAUACCGAUGAAGGACCUGAGUGCAGUUGUCACCCAGAGUACCGGGUGCACAUGGAUGGGAGAUCCUGCCUGGAGAAAGAGGAGUCUACUCUGGAGCUAAUGGAGAGCAAUGUGACAUCAUCAGUAGCUGAAGUCGACAAAAGAGUGAAACGGAGACUACUUAUGGAAACAUGUGCUGUAAACAAUGGAGGCUGUGACCGAACGUGUAAGGACACAUCUACUGGUGUUCACUGCAGCUGUCCUAUGGGAUUCACCCUGCAGUUUGAUGGGAAGACAUGUAAAGAUAUUGAUGAGUGUCAGACGAGUAAUGGAGGCUGCGAUCACUUCUGCAGAAACGCUGUUGGCAGUUUUGAUUGCAGUUGCAAGAAAGGAUUUAAAUUAUUAACAGAUGAAAAGUCUUGUCAAGAUAUCGACGAAUGCUCUUUUGAAAGGACCUGUGACCACACAUGCAUCAAUCAUCCUGGCACCUUUGAGUGUGCUUGUAAUAAAGGAUACACCUUGUAUGGUUUCACACAUUGUGGAGACACUAAUGAGUGUAGCAUCAAUAAUGGAGGCUGCCAGCAGGCCUGUGUGAACACCAUGGGAAGUUAUGAGUGCCAGUGCCUCUCAGACUAUCGACUCCACUGGAACAGGAAGGACUGUGUGGAAGAAAAGGGAUUCCUGCCUGGUAACAUGUCCCCCAAAGUGUCACUGCGCUGUACUAAGAGUGGUGGAGUGGAUAACUGCUUUCUAAAUUGUCCCUCUGAUGUCCACCUUUCUCCAGGAUAUCAAGAUGCCUACUCUGUCACCUGUGGUGCCUCUUCUCAUCUCAGGAGUCAACUACAUAAAUCUAAUGAUUCUGCUAUGUUGGAUGUCUCCACUGUCAGGACAAGUGUCACCUUUAGGCUUAACGAAGGCAAAUGUAGCUUGAAAAGAGCCGAGCUGCUUCCAGAGAGCCUGCCACAAAUGAUACCAGAAAAGUACAGCUCAGUAAAUGAGGGCUUCCACUAUGUAAACCUUACAUGUGGCUCUGGCAAGCAAGUCCCUGGGGCCUUUGGCAAACCAACCACGGCUAAAGAAAUGUUUAUCAGUGUUGACUUUGAGCUUGAAGCGAACCAACAGGAGGUGACAGCAUCUUGUGAUCUGAGCUGUGUCCUGAAGAAGACAGAGAAGAGAUUACGUAAAGCUAUUCGCAUACUUCGGAAAACAGUUCACCGUGAGCAGUUCCGUCUUCAUUUGUCAGGAAUGGAUUUUGAAGUGGCAAAAAAGUCCCCCAGAGCCUCUGAACACCCUACAGAUUCCUGUGGCUUGGGGCGAGAGCACAAAAAGGGCAAAUGUGUAUCUUGCAGUGUUGGAACAUACGAUGGAGGACAAGGGAGAUGCAUUUUAUGUCCAAAUGGGACAUACCAAGAUGAGGAAGGACAAAUUACAUGUGAACCAUGUCCGAACACAAAGGAUACUAGGAGCCAAAAGACCUUAGGAGCUCACAACAUCUCUGAAUGUGGAAGUCAAUGCCUUCCUGGUGAAUAUUCUUCAGAUGGGUUUUCCCCAUGCCAACCCUGCCCCCUGGGAACAUACCAGCCUGAAGUUGGCCGUACUUCUUGCUUUCCUUGUGCAGGAAGUGGGAGGGGAGAACUCACCACCAAACAUCCCGGAGCUACCACUUUCCAAGACUGCGAAGCCAAAGUUCAGUGUUCACCUGGACAUUUCUACAACACUACAACUCACCGGUGUAUUCGUUGCUCAGCGGGAACAUACCAACCUGAAUUUGGAAAAAAUGACUGUGUUUCCUGCCCGGGAAAUACCACCACUGACUUUGAUGGCUCCACAAAUGUAACCCAAUGUAAAAAUAGACAUUGUGGAGGGGAACUAGGAGAGUUUACUGGGUAUAUUGAAUCUCCAAACUACCCUGGGAAUUAUCCAGCUAACACUGAAUGCACUUGGACCAUCAAUCCUCCUCCCAAACGUCGCAUUUUGAUUGUGGUUCCUGAGAUAUUUCUGCCUAUAGAGGAUGAAUGUGGAGACUACCUGGUAAUGCGGAAAACCUCUUCCUCCAACUCUGUGACAACCUAUGAAACCUGCCAAACAUAUGAACGUCCAAUAGCUUUCACCUCAAGAUCAAAGAAGUUGUGGAUUCAGUUUAAAUCUAAUGAAGGGAACAGUGCCAAAGGAUUCCAGGUCCCUUAUGUAACAUAUGAUGAGGAUUACCAGGAGCUCAUUGAAGACAUAGUCCGAGACGGCAGGUUAUAUGCAUCUGAAAAUCAUCAGGAAAUACUUAAGGAUAAGAAAUUAAUCAAGGCUCUAUUUGAUGUCCUGGCACAUCCACAAAAUUACUUCAAGUAUACAGCACAGGAAUCCAGAGAGAUGUUUCCAAGAUCAUUCAUCCGUUUACUACGAUCCAAAGUGUCCCGGUUUUUAAGGCCUUACAAAUGAUUCUAUGCUCAUCUCACCAGCUACAAAUGCUCAGCCAUGCUCCAGCCUGUGGGGUUUUCAAGGACAGAGCUGUGUCUGCCACUUGCAUGACAGCGGAGGGACAGGCAUGGUACGCAGUAUUAGUGACUCUUUAGAGUUUAAUUUUUAUAGAUGAUACAAAUAUUUUGAUAAGCUGAAUUGUAUUUUUUUCUUCCAAGAGAUCUUGUAUACAGUCAUGUCUGAUCAUCGGGUGCUGUAUCAGACAGUGCCAUCACUGCUGCAAGUAGUGGCGUGGAAUAGGAAGGACUAAGGAGUAGCUUCCCUGAGCCAUGUUUCAGUCCCUUCACCAUGUAGAGCUAAUCUGUAUCAUUCCUACUUCUCAUUCCCUACAGUUAGAAACUACUGAAGGGACCUCCCUAUGAUACAGUGGCAAGUGGAUCUUCAGCAUGAAUUUCCUUCUCUGAAACUAGUCUGGUUCUGUUCAGGUGGCUCAAUCAUGUCAUGUUCUCCUCUCACUGAGGAUGUGGAGACAGAUCCUACCCAUUCAGAGUUAGGAGCAAAAGAUCUCCAAGGUUGGGUUUCAGGCAACAGUUUUCCAGGAGAACUGCAAGGACCGUGUUUGGGCCAUUGAGUUCCAAGUUAUGUGACCUCAGCCCCAGGUACUAGAGUUCUGAAAGAACAUAAUAAAGAAUGUUUGAAGUGGAGAGAAUUAAAAUAAAAUGAUGAAAAAUGUC